CACGCUGCGUCCGGGCGCCGCGGGGCGGGCGGCGGGGCGCUCGCAAGGUGGGCGCUGAGGGCUUCCGCGCGGGCCAGCCGGGGCCAGCGCGCUCGGCUGGGAAACUUGUGCGGCGCCGGGCCGGAGCUCCGCGCAGGGCCGGGAAAUGAAAGGAAAUAGCAAACUGUUUGUGGACUAGAUCGAAAUCAGGAGCCCAGAUGAAUUUAAAGAAACUAGCAUGGGAUUCUUAGUUUUUCAAGAUCCAUACACACCAAAGCUUUAGUCACCACCAACUCCAGGGUACAGGUUUUCUCUGGUUUUGUGAAGACUGAGCAAAACUCUGAUGAUGGAAAAGCUAAGGACUUAAUUACUUGCUUCGGUGUCAUCGAAAGUCAACUAAAAAGUGAACCAGACAGUGAUAACAGCCAUGGAAAGAAAUUCAAGUUUGUGGAAGAACCUAAUAGAUGAACACCCUGUCUGCAUAACGUGGAAGCAAGAGGCGGAAGGAGCCAUUUAUCAUCUUGCCAGUAUUUUAUUUGUAGUAGGUUUCAUGGGUGGCAGUGGAUUCUUCGGGCUCCUUUACGUCUUCAGUUUGCUGGGGUUGGGUUUUCUCUGUUCUGCUAUCUGGGCUUGGGUAGAUGUCUGUGCAGCUGAUAUAUUUUCCUGGAAUUUUGUACUGUUUGUCAUCUGCUUCAUGCAGUUUGUUCAUAUUGCAUAUCAAGUUCACAGCAUAACCUUUGCCCGAGAAUUCCAGGUGUUGUACAGCUCCAUUUUCCAGCCCCUGGGGAUCUCUUUGCCCGUCUUCAGAACGAUCGCUUUGAGCUCUGAAGUGGUUACUUUGGAAAAGGAACAUUGUUAUGCCAUGCAGGGGAAAACUUCCAUUGAUAAACUCUCCCUGCUUGUUUCAGGAAGGAUCAGAGUGACAGUUGAUGGAGAAUUUCUGCAUUACAUUUUCCCCUUUCAGUUCCUGGAUUCUCCUGAGUGGGAUUCACUGAGACCCACAGAGGAGGGCAUUUUUCAGGUAACCCUCACAGCAGAAACUGACUGUCGAUAUGUGUCUUGGAGGAGAAAAAAAUUAUAUUUGCUCUUUGCUCAGCAUCGUUACAUCUCCCGCCUGUUUUCAGUUUUAAUUGGCAGUGACAUUGCAGAUAAACUCUAUGCCUUGAAUGACAGAGUAUAUAUAGGAAAAAGAUACCACUAUGAUAUUCGGUUACCCAACUUCUAUCAAAUGUCAAGUCCACAAAUACGCAGAUCACCCCUGACAGAACAUUUUCGGAAUACCAGACGAUAUUGUGAUAAAUGACAUCAAAGUCUGAAGUUUUAUAACUGUAAAAAAAAGACUCUCUUCAUCAUUCCCCAAAUUAAAUAGCAAAUUACAGAAAAUUGAGCUCACUGGUAUUUUUAUAAAUCAAAUUCAGAGGCGAGAUGCCACUGCCAGCUGUUUUAUUCAUCUCAACUUCUGCAUUGUGAAUAAAUUUUACAAAUUUUUCUUGUA